AUCAAUAAACCAAAUAUUGAAAAUAUUUAAACAGGUGUAGAACAGACGUCCAGUUAAAAAUUACUGAUAUCAUCAUCAUACAAAGUUCAGUUUUUCGAUGAGUCUCACUGAAUAAUCUGAAGAAAAAUGUUGUGUGUUUUCAUACUGUUCUGUUUACUUGCUGGUGUUUUAGCUCAGGAUAAAAAAACUGGACAGUUUCCUGUAGUAAAAUCUACCAAAUUUGACUUACACAAUUUUGUCGGAGAUUGGUACGAGUACAAACGCAGCCGAAAUAUCGUCUAGAAGAUUUGAAAUGUGUUAGAAUAUCAUUGACUGAGUCUCAAUCAAAUAAAUUUGAGCUGAAAUUUAAAUUCCUCAUAACAAGUACCGGUCAAGAUUCUACACUGACAGCCGAUGUCAAUGUAAGUGAUAAAAAAACGGGUUUCACAGUUGAUCUUCCGAUAGUCGGACAGACAUACAAACCCGUUACUAUUCUUACAGUAGACAGUAAUUUUGUUGUAGUAUACGCUUGUGAACAUCGCGGCUCUAGCCGCAUUGAAAAGGCUAUGUUAAUAGUCCUCCCUUUCCAAACCUUCGCGAAGCCUCGAUCAGAGGAUUCAGCAAGCGUUUACCGAUCAUGGGCUUGAAAUGUCGCAAAUGAACACCACCGAUCUUAAAGAUUGCAGCAAGAUUUAUUCAAACGACGACGUCCAACUUCCAAAAACGUCCAACGUCCAACAUCCAAACGACGUCGAACCACAAAAAGGUGUAUACAAAAUGGUCAAUAAAUUUUAUGCGGAUAGCAUGAACUCAACUUUGACGACGUUUGCCGACUUGUACGUAAAUGAUGACAACAUAUAUUUUACUAACACCAUUCCGCUUAUCGGACGAAUCAACACCCAUUUUCGAGUUCGUUCUUUAGACAAGGAACAUGCCGUAGUGUGGUCUUGCGAAGAUCGCGGAUCUCAACAUAUCGAAUCCGGUUGGGUGUUCACGGCGACUCCAAGAACUCCUUCAGCGGACUUUGAAGAAAAAAUACGGAGAUCUUUUACUAAAUUUGGACUUCAAGUCCCGGAAAUGCACACACACAAUUUAGAGGAGUGUCGUAAGAUUUUUGCAACCUACUAAUUUCAAAUUUUUAUUUUAUAAAGUUGUAUAAACUGUAAUAAAAUAUUUAUUAAAGAUUGUUAAAAC